UUGUGAUUGGUCAGUCGCUUGUCAGGAAAUGAAACGCCCAUGACCAUAAUCGUGUUUCGGCAUCUCCUACGUGAACAAGUGUCCUCAUAUGGCUUCGGUAUUGCCUUACCAGUUUGAGCCCGAUUCAGAUCCAGAGAGUUUGGAGGAACAAAGGAGUGAAACAGAAACACCUGCCCAUGGACGAAUUGUGCAGGAUGUUUCAGAAUGGUGCACAUGUGGCAACUGUGCCAGAAUGCCAAGCGAGGCUGAAAACAUCUGCUGCAAAGAAAUAAUAAAGGUUGUAAGGCGAAUUAACCAGGUUCCAGAACCUCCUAACUGUAUGACACACCAUCCGGGUUUUGAACCUAACUGUUUGAAUCCCUACACCCUGCAAAAUAUCCACAACAUUUACAGUGCUGAUUAUGGGCCUUUAAGGCGUAGAACAGAAGAGGAGGGUUAUCGUUUUCUUGCUUAUCGCAGCUUUGUCAGUUGGUGUUGGGGCUACUUAGGCCGGCAUGUCAGGGUUGUUAUCCCGUCAUGUGUUGUACUCCGGAUACGUCAGGAGUUUCCAGAUCUGGCUGGCCACUAUGUUGGCUUCCAACCACCCCUUGACUGAAGCGUGAGACAUGGCGGGCAAUCACUUCCUCCUUUGAGGGUCUGUCAUAUUGUGACGCCAGGUCCAUGGGAACUGGUAUUUCUUUUAGUUGUGCAACAAAUGGUACUGGGUCCUCAAACACCUCAUCAAACAAGAGCCUAAUCAGAUCAUCCACAUAAUCUAAAAAAGUUUCAGUGAAGACAGUUAGACGCUUGUUUACAGAUUAUUUAUUUGCUCUAUACAUACAGUAUUUUAAAUA